AACGAGGUGCAGAACAUCAAGUUCAACAGCUCGGGGCAGUGCGAGGCGCCGCUGGUGAAGACGGACAACCCCAAGAGCUGGUACGAGGACGUGGAGGGUUGUGGCAUCCAGUGCCAGAACCCGCUCUUCACCGAGAAGGAGCACCGCGAGAUGCACGUCUACAUCGCUGCCUUCAGCUCCGUCACCAUCUUCUGCACCUUCUUCACCUUGGCCACGUUUGUUGCUGACUGGAGGAACUCCAACCGCUACCCGGCCGUCAUCCUCUUCUAUGUCAACGCCUGCUUCUUCGUGGGCAGCAUCGGCUGGCUGGCGCAGUUCAUGGACAGAGCCCGCAAUGAGAUCGUGUGCAGGGCUGACGGCACCAUGCGGCUGGGGGAACCCACCUCCAACGAGACGCUCUCCUGCGUCAUCAUCUUCGUCAUCGUUUACUACUCGCUGAUGUCGGGUGUCAUCUGGUUUGUGAUGCUGACCUAUGCCUGGCACACCUCCUUCAAGGCUCUGGGCACCACCUACCAGCCGCUGGUGGGCAAGACCUCCUACUUCCACCUCAUCACCUGGUCCAUCCCCUUCGUCCUCACUGUGGCCAUCCUGGCUGUGGCACAGGUGGAUGGUGACUCCGUCAGUGGCAUCUGCUUUGUGGGGUACAAGAACUACCGGUACCGGGCCGGCUUCGUCCUGGCGCCCAUUGGGCUCGUCCUCAUCGUGGGGGGCUACUUCCUCAUCCGGGGGGUCAUUACGCUCUUCUCCAUCAAGAGCAACCACCCUGGGCUGCUGAGCGAGAAGGCAGCCAGCAAGAUCAACGAGACCAUGCUGCGCUUGGGCAUCUUUGGCUUCUUGGCCUUUGGCUUCGUCUUCAUCACUUUUGGUUGCCACUUCUAUGACUUCUUCAACCAGGCGGAGUGGGAACGCAGCUUUCGGGAAUACGUCCUGUGUGAGGCCAACGUGACCAUUGCCACACAGACCAACAAGCCCAUCCCGGACUGUGAGAUCAAGAACCGGCCAAGCCUGCUGGUGGAGAAGAUCAACCUCUUCGCCAUGUUCGGCACCGGCAUCUCCAUGAGCACGUGGGUCUGGACCAAGGCCACGCUGCUCAUCUGGAAACGCACGUGGUGCAGGCUGACGGGGCAGAGCGACGACCAACCCAAGAGGAUCAAGAAGAGCAAGAUGAUCGCAAAGGCCUUCUCCAAGCGCAAGGAGCUGCUGCGUGACCCAGGCCAGGAGCUGUCCUUCAGCAUGCACACCGUGUCACACGAUGGCCCCGUGG